AUGUCGGUGAAUCCCCCCAACAGUAACGAUGCCUGUCUGAGCAUCGUACAUAGCCUCAUGUGCCAUAGGCAGGGAGGGGAAAACGAGGGAUUUGCGAAACGGGCCAUUGAGAGUCUCGUGAAGAAACUCAAGGAGAAAAAAGAUGAACUUGACUCCCUCAUCACCGCUAUCACCACCAAUGGAGUUCACCCAAGCAAAUGCGUGACCAUACAGAGGACCCUGGAUGGGCGGUUGCAGGUGGCGGGCCGAAAGGGCUUCCCUCAUGUAAUCUAUGCCCGGUUAUGGCGUUGGCCAGAUCUUCACAAAAAUGAACUCAAACAUGUGAAGUUUUGCCAGUACGCCUUUGACCUCAAAUAUGACAAUGUGUGUGUGAACCCUUACCACUACGAGAGAGUGGUGUCCCCAGGCAUAGUCGGUCUCAGUCUUCAGAACACAGGUGAGUGUCCUUCAGGCAGGCUCAUUAAGGAAGAGUACAUUCAUGACUGUAUUCAAAUGGAUGGGCCACCGGGGCUGCCUCCCCAGUCUGACCACCCGGGGGCGAUGAAAAUCCCCCCCCCAGAGCACUAUGGGCAGCCCCUCCCACCGCUACAGUUACCCCAGGAGCCACCACGAGCGCCCCCGUCUGUAACCCUUUACCCCAACAUGCCUCUGUCCCCUACCGCGUCUGGACCCAUGAUGCCCAUGCAGGGGGGUCACGGUGAGGGGUUGCUACAGAUUGCCUCUCCUCAAGGUCAGGUCAUGACCCCUACACCACCACCCUCCACACCCACGCACGGACCUCCCCAACCUGCCGCUCCACCUCAGCCUCCGCCUAACCAGAACGGUUACAACACCCCCAAACACACGCAGACGCAGGGUUCCUUUCACACCACUUGGACGGGCAGCAGCACGGCCUCCUAUACUCCUGUAGGACCCCAGCAGAAUGGGCGUGGCCACCAGCCUCCUCUACAUCACCCACAUUUCUGGUCACAGCAUCAUAGUUCAGCCUCAUUUCCACCUCCGGUCUCCAAUCAUCCAGGUCCGGAGUUCUGGUGCUCCAUCUCAUACUUUGAGAUGGACGUACAGGUCGGAGAGAUGUUCAAAGUGCUGUCUAGUUGCCCUGUGGUGACAGUGGACGGAUAUGUGGACCCAUCGGGAGGAGACCGGUUCUGUUUGGGUCAGCUCAGCAAUGUACACCGCACUGAAGCCAGUGAAAGAGCCAGGUUGCACAUAGGUAAAGGGGUUCAGCUGGAGUGUCGGGGCGAGGGAGAUGUGUGGAUGAGGUGUAUGAGUGACCAUGCAGUGUUCGUGCAGAGUUAUUACCUGGACAGGGAGGCUGGGAGAGCACCAGGAGAUGCUGUGCAUAAGAUUUACCCAGGAGCCUAUAUUAAGGUGUUUGACCUCAGGCAGUGCCACAGGCAAAUGCAGCAGCAGGCAGCCACAGCCCAAGCAGCCGCAGCUGCGCAGGCCGCCGCUGUGGCAGGGAAUAUUCCAGGUCCAGGGAGUGUGGGUGGCAUCGCUCCGGCCAUCAGCCUCUCGGCAGCGGCAGGGAUCGGCGUGGAUGAUCUUAGGAGACUGUGUAUUCUGAGGCUUAGCUUUGUGAAGGGCUGGGGUCCUGAUUACCCCAGGCAGAGCAUCAAGCACACCCCCUGCUGGGUGGAGGUGCACCUGCACCGAGCUCUGCAACUGCUGGAUGAGGUUCUACACACUAUGCCUCUGGCUGACCCGGGGCCUGCCAACUGAGGCCACAGGGAAAGAACCAUGAUACACACACACACACACACACACACACACACACAC